UGCACGCCACACACAUGGUCGUGUGAAGACUGCUCCUCACUUUGCUAACUCCUAGAAGCGUGGCAUUUGCUGAAUGUAUUCUAAAGGGAAUAUUUAUUUAAAUGUUUUUGUUUCUUUCUUUUUUAAAACUAAAUGCUGUGUGUUCCGUACACCCGCUGCAGAGCAGACACCGGUAGCUCACAGACAGUGACAGGCAUCCCCAGUGUUUUGAGCAGCAUGCAAACGGAACCGGUGGAUUUAUUUUAAACCGUCAGCCUGCUAAUAACAAUGGCUACAUACUGCGUCAGGCGAUACCUCAGUCUGUUAAAAGGACGCCCUUCUCUCGGCUGGCAGAAGAGAAAGUUUGCAGACUCUGCGAGCAGCAACGAAGCCCCAGACCCCACUGCUGUUCUGAUGGAUCUGUGCCGCAGCCGGCACUUCGUCACCGGCGAGCAGGUGGAGAAGGACUCGUUGCUUGCCGGCUGGCACGGGUACGGGCCCCUGGGCGUGGCGCUCAGGAGGAACCUGGUGGAGCAGUGGUGGAGGGCAGUGACCGCGUCCCGGGGCCAGGUGUUCGGGCUCAGCACUCUGCACCAGGCUGGCUCGGGGGGGAAGAAAACGCUGACGCUGGUGGACGGGGAAGCGUUGGCCGCGGUCCUCAGAGAGAAGGGGCAGAGUGUGGAGCAACUCAUCACAGAAGUGGAGAGGCACCUGAGAGACAGCGCCACCCUGAGGACAGAGCUGCUGCAAGGUGCCCUGGAGCAGUAUGCUGACUCCUUGAGCCUGGUCAACAGGAAGCUGCCCUUCGGCCUGGCUGAGAUGGGGGUGUGCUACCAGCCAGCUGCCCCGGACAGCGAAGGCACCAUCAGAACAGGGGAGGCGAUGUUAGCCUCGCUGGUGUGGUUCAGCUCCCCCCGCACUGCCGGACAGUGGCUGGACUUCUGGGUGCGGCACAGGCUGCAGUGGUGGAGGAAGUUUGCUACAGGCCCCUCGAACUUCAGCAGCAGCGACUUUCAGGAUGAGGGGGGGACCAGAGGGACCCGGCUGUACUACAGCUUCCCCUGGGGCAGGGAGCCCAUCGAAACCCUGCAGAGCCUGGGGGACCGGGAGCUGCUGGAGACACACCGGGGCAACAGGGCUAAGCUGCAGUGUCGGGAUGGACGGAAGACUGUGAUUCCCCACGUCCUGUCCGUGAGUGGGAACAUGGACAGGGGCGUGCUGGCCUAUCUAUACGACUCCCUGCAGCAGCUGAAGAAAGUGGACAGCAAACAAAGACUGCACCAGAGAAAGGUGCUGAAGCUUCACCCAAGUCUCGCUCCAGUAAAAGUAGCUCUGGACAUGGGCAGAGGACCCACACUGGAGCUGAGACAGGUUUGUGAGGGGUUGCUGCAGGAGCUGUUGGAGGAGGACAUAGCGGUGUGGCCCGGAUACCUGGAGACCAUGCAAACCUCGCUGGAGCAGCUGCACUGCAAGUAUGAUGAGAUGGGGGUCCUGUUCACCAUCCUGCUCAGCGAUUCCACUCUGGAGAACGGCUUGAUCCAGCUGAGGAACCGAGACACCACCAUCAAGGAAGUGAUGCACGUGUCCCACGUCAAGAACUUCCUCCUCAAAUACAUCCUGGCAGCGGAAAACGUCUAAGAAGACUUUCUGUAGAUCGUGUAACUGUAAUGAUUUAAUAAAACAUGUACCUGCCUAUGUUAAACAGA